AUGGCUUCAAAUCCAUCAACCCUGGCAAUUUUUCUCAUCUUCCACCUGACCGUCUCAUCCAGCGGCUUCAGCAACAAAGUAUCAUUUCCCCUGACCUACGUCGACUACUCAAUCCCGAUCCCAGAACCCGGAAAAAUUCUCCUGCCUACAGGAAAAUGCGAAGACAUAAGAGACCGCGAUCUCUCCCUCUACUUACCAGGCUGCGUUCCAGUGACUCUCUACCCUGGAUUCAUAGACAGCUGCAGAGUGUCUUGCCUGUGCCUGUCUGACAGCUCGAUCUCCAAAAUAUCCGUGGGGUCCUUCGACAAGCUGCCUAAUCUGGAGUACCUCGACUUAUCCCGGAACAGGAUCCAGCUCUGCGACUUUCUAAGCUUCGGCGGUCACAACAAACUAGUAACUUUAAUUAUCGACGAAAACGACUCAGGUCUAAGAGAGCAAGUGCUCUCCGAAUCCGACUGCUUUCCCAAAUUAGAGCACCUUUAUCUCCGGAAGAACAGCAUCGCAGAUAUAACAAUUCCUCUGCAGAGAACCUUUCCUUCUCUGACUCACCUUUACUUGUCGGACAAUAAAUUAAAAGGCAGGACGUUUGAGUACUUGGACUUGCCACUGACCUUGACCCACCUCCACCUCGAGCGGAACCAAAUCAGCCGUUUAGACACCCGAGGGUUGAUAAAUCUCUCCUCGCUGUUUCUUGAUGGGAAUCGCAUUCAGUUUCUUUCUCACUUGCCUUGCUUAGAAGAUUCUAAUUUAAGUCUGAGGCACACAUCCAGGUUGAGAUUCUUGUCGUUAUCUCAAAAUAUGAUAACAAGUGUCCAAAGGGACAGCUUCGACGACUGCAGAGCUCUCAAAAGCUUGAAUUUGGCUCACAACAGAAUUUCUUCAAUUCCUUUUGGAACUUUUGAUGGAUUAUCAGAGCUCAGAGAUUUAUCAUUAAGUUACAACCAGCUGACGAGUCUUCCAGAGUUUAGGAACGUCAGGGUGCUAACUAGCUUGUCGCUGGAUCACAAUUUGAUUGAAUAUAUCCCUACGGGAGCUUUCUGCGACUUGGGGGAACUAAAGUGGCUCUCGCUGGGCAACAAUCGCAUAAAAAACGUCUUUGUUGAGGCGUUUGUUAAUCUUAAUUCUUUGGAAGAAAUAGACCUUUCGUAUAAUGAAUUGACUUACUUACCCUACGGGUGGAUCAGAGGCAGCAGUAGGUUGAAGCACCUGGAUGUUAGGGGCAACAGGUUCACCAGGAUUGAAGAUCUAGCCCUGGACUGCACUGUCAGCUUGAAGUAUCUCUAUCUUCAGGGAAAUCCUCUGGACCGCUACACGCCCGGUUACUGGAAGAUUAAGAAUGAAGUUAGCGUUUUGAACCUGGAAAAAUCUUUCGUAAACAGUUCUUCGAUCACGCAUCUGUAUUUAACAGAGAACGAUUUGUGUGUGAUAAACGCGGGCGCUUUUGAUGGAUUGCCAAACUUGGUUUACUUGAACCUCACAAGAAACAGCUUCAAUACCUGGCAAUUACACGGCAGCAAUUUUCCGCGCAUCGAAACACUUGUUUUGGACGAUACUAAUGCAAUUAAUCAGUAUCAUUGCAUCAUUAACCGCGGAGAAUUUGGAGAAUUAUCGACAGGACAUUGCUACAACACGCCGAUCAUGUUCAACUUCAAGAAAUUGCCGAAUUUACGGCACUUGUAUCUGCGCAACAACGCAAUUGAUUACCCGUACAACGAUGGAUGGCCAAUUGUCGGAAAAAUCGGCUCGCAACUUUACCGAUCGGGCAUCACGCAUCUGUACCUGGAUAACAACAACAUUUCUUCGAUGAAUUUCGUGGAUUCUUUGCCGGAGUCCAUCACUCAUUUGUAUCUCAGAAAUAAUUCGCUUACAGAUUUGGAAUAUAGUUUCGUAAAAUUGGCGAUUCCUACAAGCGAUCCGCUUCCUCUUGAACGGUUGAAGAAUCUUGUGUACCUGGAUCUCUCUAAGAACAAAAUUUAUGCUCUCAGUGACGACUCCUUCAACAAUUUGGGGAAAUUAACCAUCUUGGAACUCGAUGAAAAUUAUUUAACCCGCGUUCCAAGGAUUUGUGAGCUGUUAAGCUUGGAAAUCCUCUCGAUUUCGCGGAACAAGCUCACUGAAAUCGCGCCGUUUGAUUUCUGCGGUCUUUCGAGUCUCAAGCUGUUGAACUUGAGUUAUAAUGAGAUCUCCAAGGUUUCAAGAGACGAAAUUAGGAAUUUGGGCGGCUUGGAAAGUUUGGAUCUUUCGGGGAACAAAAUAGCCUAUUUACCCGAAAAUUGGAUCGCUGAGAUGAAUCUCAAGGCUCUAUUUUUGAACGAUAACCGAUUCAAGCAUUUCUCACAUUUAUCUUUAAACGCUUUCGGAAGUCUUAAGUAUGUAAAUAUCAGGGGCAAUGAUAUUAAAGUAAACGGUUCGAUGGGAUUACCCAGAGAUACGAACAUAGUUUUGUUGGAUAAAAUUCUUUCCCCGAGUAAGACAAAAACAUUGUUGGACGUGUCGUACAACAAGAUUUCAAACGUGAACAGCAGCGCGUUUGUUGACACACCAAAUUUAAUUUAUUUGGAUUUAACUGGGAAUCCCAUUGAUUCGUUAAAUUUGAAUUUGUCCAAUCUUGAGACACUUGUCUUAAACGGUGCGCUGCGUAAUUUUAGUGGACCUCCUGGAAGAACGUAUCUAUCUAUCGGAACCAAACCAAGUCUCGGCGUACCAGUAGGAUUGUAUCUGCCAAAAUUAAAAAAAUUGUUUCUUCGUAAUAAUACAAUCAUUCAGCUCGCCGGAUUGACCGCAGAGACUGUGCCAAACCUCACUCAUCUUUAUCUGAGUAACAAUAAUAUUGAAUAUCUGGAUUUCAUCGACAAGUUGCCGAAGUCAAUCACUCAUUUGUAUCUUGAUAACAACAAAAUAUCCAAUUUUGUGCACAAGAGAUCACGGAUUGAAUCAUCAGGGUGGUGCGCAGUUGCAAAAAUGGUCACAGAAAAAUAUGAUUUCAAUCACUUGGAAAAUCUUAAAUAUUUGGAUAUGUCUCAUAAUAAAAUUGAAGUAAUUGAAGAUCAUACUUUUAAAAAUUCAUCAAAGUUGAUAUCUUUUCGUUUGAACAACAAUUCUUUAUUCAGCGUGCCUGACUUUUCUGGUUUAACACAAAUUGUGGAGUUGGAUCUCUCGUACAACAAUAUUAAGGGUAUUUUCCCUCCAAUGUUCAAUUACUUAUCUUCGUUGAAGGAUUUGAAGAUUUUUGGAAAUCCUGAAGCUAUGGAUCUUAAGGAAUCAGAUAUGGAAUAUACCAGAAUACUCCGUGUAAAUAAUUUUUUUGUCAACAGUUCAAUUGUAACUCAUGUUUAUCUAUCUAAAAACAAUAUUUUGGAAAUCGAAAACAAAGCAUUUGACGGCUUGCCAAAUUUAUUUUAUUUAAACUUGACCGGAAAUUUAUUUUCUUUUUCUUUUUGGCAAGUGAAACAUAAAAAUCUUGAAACACUUGUUUUAGACAAAACUUUGCGGAUUUUUGGUCCGCGGGAUUUUUAUUCUACUGACGACUGCCGAAUGGCUAAAUACUACAGGAAGUAUCCGCCCAAUCAUCAAAAUUCUGUGGAACUUUUAUUACUGAUGCCCCGACUCAAAAAAUUGUAUCUUCGUGAAAAUAAUAUAGUCAAAAUAUUCGGAUUGGCCAAAGAAAGAUUGCCGAGUCUCACUCAUCUUCAUCUCAGCGAUAAUAAUAUUUCAGAAGCGGAUUUCAUCCACGUGCUUCCGACAUCUUUAACUCAUUUAUAUCUUAAUAAAAAUAAUUUUUCGGAAAUUUCUUACUCAUCACAGCCUUUUAACAUGUCAGAAGACGGCUCUCAUUUUUAUACAGUUAAACUGAGCUCGUUUUCUAAAUUGGUGAAUUUGCAAGUACUGGAUUUGUCUCAUAAUAAUAUCAAUCAAAUUUUGGAUCAUACAUUUGAGAACUUGACGAAUUUAAUCACACUUAAUUUGGAUUAUAACAAUUUAUCAAGUGUGUUUAAUAGCAGCGGCUUGAAAAGUUUGGAAUAUUUGUCUGUAAGUCAUAAUCAAAUUCGUGAUAUUAAUCAAUCUUUUUUUGGACUUCUAAAACUUGAAAAAUUAGCGUUGAAUAAUAAUUAUAUCAGUUCAAUUUCUUCUGAAACGUUUAAUGGGUUGAUUUCGUUGAAAGAAUUAAACCUUUCUGGAAAUUCUUUUAAAGUUUUGCCCAAGAACUGGAUUCCAAAAAUAAAUUUGAGAGUUUUGUACUUGCAUAAUAAUCUAUUUGAAGAUUUUGAUAACUUGUCAAUAAUUGGUGUUACAAGUUUAGAAUAUUUGAAUAUUGGAGGGAAUUUAUUGAAAUUGAGAAAUUUGAACAGCUUGUCAACUUUUGCGGAAAAUAUUACAAUUGAUUUUGGAAAACCAGUAAAUAAAGUCUAA